AUGUCUUUUGACGAUGCUCUCCUGAAAGCACUUAAUCAUAGUACUACGCAUCAUGCAUUUGAUGGUUAUAUUUUACCUGGAUUUCGUGUCUGGCAGCUGUGUGCAAUUCUAAAACCAGCAAUUUUACGCUUGUUUACAGUUGUCGUUGUUUGUUGUUUUUCAAGAGUUCGUAUACCACGCACAAAGCGACAGAUAGAAUUAAGUGCAGCUAAGCGGAAAAUGCGAAAAAAGCACAUCGAACAAAAGCAACAAAAUCUACAGUCUUAUCCGCAAGGUAUUUUUUAUUUUGUGCUUGCUUUUCUUUUUUUCCUGUACACUGGAAGUCGGUUAACAACAUAA